UUUUAUCGAUUUCGUGGUGGUCGGCCAUGUUCGUGUCCGCCAACGGUCAGGCGCACUCGUGUCCCAUCGUCGAGAGACCGUGCCACCGAUAGAUUUUCCGCCACCUACACCGUCGUCGAUGUCGCAGGGCGUAUAAUGAUGCGCUUGUAAAACGCGACGUCCGUGUUUUCACCCGUUCUAUCGUGUUCACGUCAAAACAGCAGGUUCACGUUUCGCAUCUGGCCCAGGUAGACGUCAAAUCGACGAGCUAGCAGCUAACAGAGGAGGCACAACCCCCGUUCGAGCGCAGGCAGCCGACGAACAAGCAUCAAAAUGCCUGUCAUAAAGAGAGAUGCGAAGAUCGCGCCGGAGUCGAUAGCGAAGAAUGACAAUCUUACUUCGACGUUUAAACCACCACUCAGCACAGAUGAAGUGAAACUAGCUACGGAGGAGACUGUGGUGACUGAAUCGGAGCCCAUUGGGAAAUCGAUAGAAAAUGAGAUGGAAACUUUGGGAAAGGAGCUCGCAGAGGAAAUGGGAAUACCAACAUCGGCACUUGUGGCCAUUUUAAUAGCUGUAGGUGUAAUAGUUCUGGGGAUCUGCUUCUGCUGCAUAAGAAGAUGCUGUCGCAAAAGACGAUCCAAGGAUGGGAAAAAAGGGCUGAAGGCUGCGGUGGAUCUGAAGUCCGUGCAGCUGUUAGGAAGCACGUACAAGGACAAGGUUCAGCCGGAUAUGGAAGAAUUGACCGACAACGCUGAGGAACCGGAUGAAGCUGAGAGCAAGCAGAGCGAGGUGAAGCUUGGCAGGCUUCAGUACAAGCUCGAAUACGACUUCAACACGAACAGUCUGGCAGUAACGGUGAUACAAGCCGAAGAACUUCCGGCUCUGGACAUGGGUGGAACGUCUGAUCCUUACGUGAAGGUGUACUUGUUACCGGACAAAAAGAAGAAGUUCGAAACGAAAGUACACAGGAAAACUCUCAAUCCGGUUUUCAACGAAACUUUCACAUUCAAGGGUGUUCCAUACGCAGACGCGAUGAACAAGACUCUCGUUUUCGCGAUCUUCGACUUCGACAGGUUCUCGAAACACGACCAAAUCGGUGAAGUGAAGGUUCCGCUCUGCCAGAUCGAUUUGGCUCAGACGAUCGAAGAGUGGAGGGAACUGCAAAGUGUCGAGGGCGAGGGUGGCCAGGAUAAUAAAUUGGGAGAUAUAUGCUUCUCGCUCCGAUACGUGCCCACAGCUGGUAAAUUAACGGUGGUCAUUUUGGAAGCGAAGAACUUGAAGAAAAUGGACGUCGGUGGUUUGUCGGAUCCCUAUGUGAAAAUCGCUCUGAUGCAAAAUGGCAAGAGAUUGAAGAAAAAGAAAACGUCCAUCAAAAAGUGCACUCUUAAUCCGUAUUACAACGAAUCAUUUACGUUUGAGGUACCCUUCGAGCAAAUACAGAAAGUGCAAUUGGUUGUCACGGUAGUCGAUUAUGAUCGUAUCGGCACAUCCGAACCCAUUGGGAAGGUCGUCUUGGGGCACAACGCAAGUGGAACAGAAUUGAGACACUGGACCGACAUGUUGUCAACCCCGAGACGUCCUAUUGCUCAAUGGCACACGCUUAAAGACCCUGAAGACGGCGACAAGAAAGACUAAGUUCGUUUCGAAAAUUGUCCAGGUUAAGGUAAUGCACACCAAUGGUUCUAAAGCAGUUACGACAAAUGUGCAGAAGCAUUUCUUUCGUUUACGGUAUGUUUUCCGUUUAACGCUUUCGCCCCACUCGACAAACUAUAUGAUAUAAAUAUAUAUGUAUAUUUUCCAAUGAUAUCCGCGAUUCACUGUACUGAGAAUGCAGGAUUUCUCUGGACAAACGAAAGGAACGAUGUGCAAAGAAAAAUAUAAAAAAAUGAAAAAACAAAAUAGAGAAAGACAUAACGAGAUGCAACGAUCUCUCGAUGUAGCUGGUCGUUCUAUAUAAAAAUGAAAAAAACAGAAAUAAUCGUGCACGAGGAUGAUAGAGAGAAAGUGAGACGGAUGAGAGGAAGAUAGAGCGAAAGGUAGAAUGAAAGACUUGAAUACUAAGAGAGAGAGAGAGAGAGAGAGAAAGAAAAAGAAACAAAGGGGAUAAAUUUAGUAGAUAUUAAUAAUAAUCUAUUGCUAACUAAACAAUAAACACCACCAGAAAUGGUUUUAGUAUUAAUAAUAUGUUCUCAUGGAGUGUAGUGUCUUGUAUAUACGUAUAUCUACUAUACUUUCUUCUGUAGAUGUAAUAUCGAAUGAAUUAAAAAAAAAAAACGCGUCUCCUCUUCGAGGUAUCUCGACGAAGCAUUGAGUAUUUGCAACGCGUAUGUUCAUUUUUAAAUACGAGUUCGGAAUUAGUAUGGUAGCGUGUUCUGUUCGUUGUUUAAUUGGUGGCACGUUUUUGAGGUGUUUAUAAGAUAGCGAUGCUGUUAAUCUUAUUAGAAAUAUAUAUAUUCCGCGUAUAUAGUAUACGGCAAAAAUAAUAUAUAUAGACGUAUAAUAUAUACGAUAUAAAUCGUGUUGGAUCGUGUGAGCAGUAGUGAAGUUCUGUUGUGAAGAACAUCAACGACGUUUGUACAGAUCGAUAGUCGUGUUCGUGCAAAAAAUAUUACUUAUAGUUAUAAUAAUUAUAUUGUAAUCGAUACACGUAAUAGAAACUGAACGGUUUCGUCGUCGUAAGAGUAACUCGAUCUUUGUAUGAUUUCUUUUGUACAAUUCAAACGCGCUUUCCUAGUGUCUCCCUUGUUUUUAGUAAUAUUUAUUUGAUCCUCGUUUCAAGUACAAAUUUAUCAAAGAACGAUGCAUUUUUUACUUUCCUGCAAAACGACAAUGCUUUCGAUCGCGAUACCUUCGUACCGGUAACGACCAUAGACUAUGCGCUACCUGUACAGGGAACUCGAGCGAUCGACACGGACCACUGCAUUGGCGGGAAAUUCAAAAAUCUCCCUACGGAGAACGCACGUUUCUACGGUUUCACUGGCGGAUAAACUCCACAGAAGUUUUUGUUGUAACUGCGUCCUUCGAUUACAAGACUUUCACUAGUAUAAUUUCAUAGUUCACUUGUUUUAUCGACAAAAGUGUUAUAAUCGAUGGCCGCGCGAAUGGCGGUUUGUUCGCACGGUGAAAUUGAAACGGAACAAAGGCAGACGUCGUUUCGAUCGUCCAGUUGCCGACUGAAUGUGCGGAAUUGUUGGUGAACAAUGUAUCUUUAUCCACGGGUGUUCGUUUUUCCCGCGAUUCUGCAUGUUCGUUCAAAAUAUACAUACGCAUGUACGUGAAACUGUAAACAUAUUCGUGUACAAGGUGUUUCAUAACGUGUGGGACGCGAUUCGACAAAAGAUGAGACACGAAAAUUGUGAAAGAAGUAAUGUUUAGAAUACUUAUGUAACUUUUUAUGAAAAUCACUUUUGAAUACGUCAGACAAGAAACAGAAAACUAUAUGAUUAGUAAUAUUUAUGAGCAGUUUAAUGAAUAUAUAUACAUAAAACGUGGCAUUUUUAAUAGCGAUGAAAAGUGGCAUUAAAAAUAAAAAGAUCU